ACUGAGCCACCCAGGUGCCCCUAGUCUCCAAAUUAUUAAGUGUUGUCCAUUCAGAUUUAGUUCAGAUUUAAAAUAACACCAAACAAAACAAAAAGUCAGCCAAACAAACACAUCUGGGGGCUAGAUUCUGCACCCACUUUGAGUCUCUGCCUUAUAACUGUGGCUGUAGAGCCAGAUGGCCUGUGUGCAAAUCCUCAGCCCUGAAAUUGCCUCGCUGUGUGACUUUGAGCAAGUAGCCUAACUUCUCUGUGCCUCAGUUUCAUCAUACAUAAGAUACAUAUCUACCUGCCAGAGUCAUUUUGAAAAUAUAACAGGGUUAACAUGUGUGACAUGCUUAGAACCAUUCUUGGCACAUAUGUACAACUUUAUUAUUAUUAUUACAUGUUGCUCAGAGAUUUAUAUACACCAUAGGUUUAUUUAAAUCUCAGAACAGUCUUUGCAGUUAGGUAGCAUUGGAAGGCCUAUUUUCAAGUUAAGGAAACAGGCUCAAUGAGGUAAGGUGACUUGGCUUUGGUCACAUGUGAGCAUGUGGGACAGUCCUGGGACCCAGGGCUUUUGCUCUUCACAUCAGUUGUCUUUGCCCACUGCCCCCUCUCAGCAUGCCUGCGCCUGGCUGGAGGCUUGGAUACGCAUGCCCUUCCCCAGCCCAGUUGGCUACCCACCUGCCUUGGACCUGGGCACUGACUCCUGCUCGCUGUCCUCUUCCCCAGAGUUGGAGAUGGCCAAGGCCCGGAACCAACUUGAUGCUGUUUUGCAGUGUCUGCUGGAGAAGAGCCACAUGGACAGGGAGCGUCUGGAGGAAGAGGCUGGGAAAACCCCCUCGGACACCCACAACAAGGAUUGUUCCAUUGCAGCCACUGGCAAACGGCCAUCCGCCCGCUUCCCCCACCAGCGGAGGAAGAAGAGGAGGGAGAUGGAUGACGGGCUGGCUGAGGGAGGGCCACAGCGAUCCAACACGUAUGUAAUCAAGCUGUUUGACCGGAGUGUGGACUUGGCUCAGUUCAGCGAGAACACCCCCCUCUACCCCAUCUGCCGAGCCUGGAUGCGCAACAGCCCCUCAGUGCGCGAGCGCGAGCGCUCCCCCAGCUCCCCGCUACGCCCGCUGCCUGAGGACGAGGAGGUUGGACAUGCGGCGGGCCCCUUCCGGGCAGCCAGUGGGGAGAUGGUGAAGGGUGUCCUCCCCCAAAGCUGGUGGGAUAGGCAGGCACAGGUCUCUGUGUUUGCUGGAUCCGACGCAGCACACAGAUGUGAACCCUUUGGCCAAGAGUGUGGAUGGAACUCCUUAAAGCAGACAGACACAACCACCUGGCCUGCCAGGGGGAGGGGACAGGGCUUCCUGGGGCAGGUAGAUGUGACCUCCAAGAUUAGAGGUUCCCAAAAGCUGGGGGGCUUGACAGGGGUCCUUACUGCAACCAGGUGUAGCCACCUGCCUAGGGGAGCGGAUGAGGGUUACUGGGCUGGGUAGGAGUGAUUGGGGGUCCCUGGGCUGGAUAGAAUAGAAUCAGGGAUCCCCGAAGCGACAUUUCUUUGGCAUGGCUCCUAAGACGGGUCCCCAGUGAGACCCUUGUGUCUGCUGUCACUGGGAAAGGCAGGAGGAGUGAAGUGCGUACUGCUGGCCCUCUUCUCUAACUCUCUUGGGCCUGGCGUGGGUUCCCUUGUGUCCCCAGAGUUCGGAGGUCACCAACAGCAAGAGUCGUGAUGUGUACAAGCUGCCCCCACCCACAGCCCCCGGGCC